UUUUGGAACAGAUCUUGAGGCAUAGCUGAAAGUUCUUCAGUGCUCACUUUUGUCGCCUAAUGGGUUGAACGGCAAUGCUUUCUGUAAGCACUUCAAUAUAUUCAAUAUAUUCUGCAGUUUUAGUAACGGGUAAUUCACAGGGCUCUUAAAGAGCUAUGAACACGUUUACCAAAUUUCACAAUCGAUACGCGUCAGAGGAAGUGGCAGAGGCUGCGCCGACUUUAUCUUUUUUUUUUUUUUUUUUUUAUCGCAUUUUGCUUCUCAGUUCCCCACGCACGGUGAAAAUGGAAGAACACUGGAUAAACUGUAGCAUGUUAGUCAUGCUGCUCUCCCGCCUUCUAACAGCCCUGGCCCAUGACACACAACUGGCUCUUGUUGGUGACGAUGUUCAUCUCCACUGCCCCUGCCCAGCAAGUACAGGGGACCCAUACCUGGUCUGGCAGAAUGAACUAAACGUUGUUGCCCAAUAUGUCCAACGGCCUAACAACCUGACUGUACUGGGUCAAGGCAGGACCCACCUUUAUUACCCCCAAAAUGAGAAGAAUUGCUCUCUGCUGCUCCGCAAUGUGUCUGUGUUUGAUGAGCACAUCUAUAGAUGCUUCUACAAGAAUGGAGAUUUAGUUGAAACACAGGUGUCACUGCAGGUGGCUGCAAACUAUACUCUCCAGGUGGAUGUGAAUGGAAUGAAUUCUGGAACAGGGAUAUACCACUGCCAGGCAAAGGGAGGAUACCCACGGGGGAGACUCUUUUGGCUGCGCAAUGGGGAACCUAUUGUGGCUAACACUACACAGGACCAGGACCAUUUUUCUAAGCUGUAUACCCUGACCAGCACACUAUACAACAGCAUGGAUAAUGACACCAUCCUACAGUGUGUGGUGGAGAAUCCCAGACUGCACCUCAAUACCACUGCUAAAGUUCUUCCCGCCCCCCCUGUCGUCACCCCCACGAUGCAGCAGAUUCAAGAACCAAUUACAGCUGCCAGUGUGGUUCCCAUCACAGUAGGGAUUUUGAUCAGUAUCCUGAUCACAGUACUGCUGAUCAAGCGUUACAGGAGGCAGCAUCUGACUCAGUUUGGCUAUACUGGAGCAUCACAGGUGGUCUGAGCAUUGGAAAUAAGGGACAUAAUUAACCUAGGGACUCUCUAAGCAGAGGAGCCAUAAGUCCACAGAUGACUCAUCGGUGACCCCAUGGUGAACUGUGGAGGGAACUGCAUUAGUGGAUGAUAGAAGCUUCCAGAUUUGACUACAUCUACCUACAUCUGAGCCAGUGACAACAAGCUAAAGAAACCCAGACACAGUCGCCUAAGCUAGUUUCAUUAUGCAAUGCAUGAUGACUUUCUCAUUCAAAUUGAAUAGUUUAAUUUGGAAACAAGAAUCUGGAUCACCUCCUAAACUUGUUAUUCUAGAAAUGUAUUCAUACACUCACCUGAAUACCUGAACACUUCAGGUAAAUAUCAAUGUCAAUCAUGUGGCUGCAUCUCAGUGCAUGUAUUCAUGCAGAUAUGGGUCAAGAGCUUCAGAUAUGGGUCAAGAGCUUCAGAUAUAGGUCAGAUCAAACAUAAGAAUAAGGGGAAAUUAGAUAUACGUGAUAUAAGUCAGAUUUUUCAGAAACUGCUGAUCUGGGAUUUUCAUCACUUUCUAUAGUUUACACAGAAUGGUGUAAAAAAAAAAAACUCCAGUAAACUGCAGUUCUAUGAAAAGAAACACCUUAUUGAUGAGAGACAUCAGAGGAUAAUGGGUAGACUGAUCAUAGGAAGGCUUCAAUAACUCAAAUAGCCACUCAUUACAACAGUGGUGAAUGGAAAAGUGUGUCUGAAAACACAACUUACUGACUCUUGAGGUACAUGGACUACAAUGACAGAAGACCAUAUUGGAUUCCUGUCAGUUAAGAAAAGACUGAGACUACAGUGCUUAUGGGCUCAUGGACACUGAACUGCUGAUGACUGUAAAAAUAUCACCUGGUCUGUUGAAGAUCAGUUUGUGCUGCAACAUGGAGAUAAGGCGGUAAGAAUUUAGUGUAAAUAGCACAAAUUCACGUACCCAAUCUGCCUUGUGUCAACAGUCCAGGGUGCCUGUUGGUGGUACGCUGUGAACAGGGAUGGAUUACGGACCGGGCCAGCGGGGCCGCUGCCCAGGGGCCUUUGGGGUGCAGGGGGCCUGUGGGGCCCCUAGCCCAAAACAAUUUGCAACGCUUAUCAACAAUGUAUUUUCGUUUGUCUAUUUUAGAGGGCCUACAUUCUUUGAUCCUCUGCCUACAAGGGCCCCUGACCCUAUAGGGAGGGCGUUUGGCUGCCAAGGGCCCUUGAAUUAUGGUGGUUGUGGUGGUGGUGGUGGUGGGGGGGGGGGCUCGCGAACGUUUUGCCCAGGGGCCCACACAACCCAUAAUCCGUCCCUGGCUGUGAAUUGUACAUUAUGUCAUAAAUAAUACGUCAUUUCAAUCUGAUUCUGUGAGCAUGAUAAUGUACUUCAGUGGCCUUCCAAUUACCAGAUCUGAGCCCAGCAGAGCACCUUUGGGAUUUGGUGGAAUGGGAAAUUUAGAGCAUGAAAGUACAACAAAUCUACAGCAAUUAUUUGAUGCCAUUAAGCCAACAGAGACCAAAUGUUCUCAACACUUAACUGAGCCUUUGCCAUGAAGAAUUCAGGCUGUUCAGAGGCCAAAGUGGAGGCCUACCCAGUAUUAGAAUGGUAUUCCUAAUGAAGUGGCCGAUGGGUGUAUACCGUAUACGAUAAUAUGGUGGGAGUAUACGGUAUAUAUAGCUGUGUGUCUCACUGAGAUUGAAUUUAAUCACUUAUGGGUCAAACUGUAAAUACAGUAUAUCCAAAAAUAGAACAAUUAUUCCAUCCAUCUAUCUAUAUUAAUUUUAUAUUCAACUAUCACAUUAUUACACCCUCUUAUACAUUACAUGUGGUAUUGUUACAAUAUAGAAGGUAGAGACCCAUUGUGCAUCCAAGCCUUGUAACCUUUAACAUGGUUACCAGUUUUCAAUGAACACUGUUCUGCUAGACUUAAUUCCCUGUUGUAUUCCUUAAGAUAUUCAGGAUGAACCUCUAUAGAUUCAUUCCCUGAUAAAUGAAAUCUCUUUUUUGUAUUAAUUCUUUAAAGUGUGAUACUGAUCAUCCUACAAUUUCUGAGCCAGUCUGUGACUUGAAAGAAUGCCUAGUAAAGGUAUAUUAUAUAAUUGAAUAUUAUAUGACUUUUUAUUGUUGUCCUCAUUAUUGUUAUUGUACAUCCAGAUGUGACCAGCAGUUAUUUGCAAAUAUAAACACAAAUUUCUGUUUAUCUCA